AGCCUCUUUCUGUAGAAAACAGCUGGGCUUCCAACUAGCCGGAGCACCAUGGGAAACCAGCUCUGCUGCGGGGGAAGCUGGGGAAGACCAUCAGCUUGCCAGAGGAGAAGUGAAACAGCACUGGAAUCGAAGCCCAGGGAUGCCGGGAGAGCACGGAGGAGGACAGUGAUGUUGACAGAGGGGUGUACUCUAACAAGGCAGGAGAGGAGGAAGGAAGGCUGUUUCAGGCAAGGGAACGAGAAGAGCGAGAAGAGAAGAAAGGAGCGGAGGAAAGACGAGGAGGAGCCGGACCUGAUGGAGCACGGCAGAGAGUUUGAUGCAGCUGAGCACGUACCACACGUUGGUUCACUUUGGGUCUCCCCUAGUAGACUCUCAAGGAAUCCUCGUGGCACAGUGGGGAACCAAAAAAGACAGCCAUCGAAGCAGCAGCAGCAGCCACCGGCACCGCCACGGCCUCCCAAGCAGCAGCCACAACGGCAACAGUGGCAGCAAUGCCAUCGACUGAAGAAUGACACAAAGGGCCCUAAAAUACCACGACGUCUGUGUGAGUGGGCGUCAGACCUGCGCCAGCCUUGCCGGAAUCAGCCCGGGCCUAGCACGAGCGCUCCACACUGCAACUCCGAAGACAGCAGCGUCCACUACGCAGACAUCCUGGUGUACAACCAGACCAGGAGCCGCACCGUCCAGCAGGUGAAGGAAAUGCAAAUAGAAAAUGCCACCGAGUAUGCGACCCUGCGCUUCCCGGAGCCUACCCCUCGCUAUCACAGCAAGAAUGGGACCCUGGUAUGAGCCUGGGGGCAGGAACUAGGUUCUACCUUUCACUACUACCUCGGCAGGGAGAAGCUGCUGCUUUGUGGAGUUGGAGAGCAGCCCCUGCGACACUGAGCAAGUUUAUUUUCAAAAAGACAAAACCCCUAUAACCUCGAGCCCCUGGAACAGCGAGGAUCUCCCACCUUUUUUUUCCCUGCAGCCGAAAUCAUAUUUGCUGCCCUGAGCUGAGAGCUAUGAAGGGGAUUCGCUGGAGGCAGAUGGCGUUUCACAGAAUGAGGAGGCUGGGUUGAGUGAGCAGGAGGGUGGGGCUCCUAGGUGUUAUCCCAUAAGCUCUUGGGGCGACUUUGUUGGACUUUGUUUAAUGGUGUGCUCAUUAAACACCGGAAAUUCCAAACCUGAGGAAGUAGGCAGAAAUGUAUUCUGAGCUUUUUAUAUACAGAUACGUUAGUAUUAUACCUCAGGGUUGGGCUCAUGGCUCGAGCCCUAACCAGGCAGGCCUGAGGCCUGGGAAUAUGAAUGUCACUGUUACUGUAACCUCCCUGGUUGAGCUGUUGGCUGUCACGGGUCCAGCGCAGCUAGGAUCAAUAAAUUUGCUUCCUGAA